GAAAAAAUAAAAAUGGCCAACAACUCCAUUUUAUGUUGUUUGUGAUCAAAAGGUCAAAAUCUAGAAUCAUGGUCUUGUUUGUUCGCUCUUGUUCUGAAAGCGAAACGUAAGAAAUUCCAAAACAUCAUCAGAUGAUGUUUUUCUUCUUACCAUUAUCAGAAAAAACCUCAAUCUAUUGCUGCAACACAUCUGAAAAAUUACCUUCUCUUUUCUUGACGCACCCAUUUUCACAAUCCAAAUAAAAAAAUAAUCCAAUUCAAUAAUUCAAUUAUAUAAUAAUUUAUUAAAAUAACAAAAAUACCUUUCUUUUCAAAUCAUUCAUCAUAAUAACUUUGAUUGCAUUGUAUUGUAUAAGAAUAAGAAUUUCCCAGCUAAAACCAAACCAAACCCACGUGCACGCUCUCUUUCAUCAAAACGGCACCGUUUUGAUAGAGAACGAGAAAGAGCGUGUUUCGAUAAUGAUGAUGAUGAUGAUGAUGUAGAGAGGUUGUUGAUCUGAAAUGCAACCGUACAAUCGGUUACCGAGCAGCGGGCAUACCACGCCGUCCUCUCCGAAGUCGCCGUUACGGUCGCCGAGGCACCGGCAAGGGCGGUCUAAGGCGGGUAAAUUUUCUACCGGAGGAGGGAGGAGUAGUUUAGCGCAGAGAUUGAGUUGGAUGUUGCUUUCUGUACUUCUCCGGCGACAGGGGAUUUUCCUGUUUGCUCCUUUAAUUUAUAUCUCCGGUAUGCUUCUUUAUAUGGGAACGGCGUCGUUUGAUGUUGUUCCGGUCAUUAAACACCGUGAUGCUCCUGGCUCGCUUUACCGGAGUCCUCAGCUUUAUGCCAAUCUUAAACAUGAUAUGGAUUCGGAUAAUUCUUCUACUGAUGCGAUAUCUACAAUUUGGAAGACUCCAUAUAGAGGUGGUGAAUGGAGACCAUGUGUAAACAGAUCUUUAGAAGACCUACCUGAGUCAAAUGGAUACAUAUAUGUAGAGGCUAAUGGUGGCUUAAAUCAGCAAAGGACAUCGGUAUGCAAUGCCGUUGCUGUGGCUGGCUAUCUAAAUGCUACCCUUGUGAUCCCCAACUUCCAUUAUCAUAGCAUAUGGAAAGAUCCUAGCAAAUUCAGGGACAUUUAUGACGAAGAAUAUUUUGUUGAUACCCUUAAAAAUGAUGUGCGGGUGGUUGACAAGAUUCCUGAGUACCUGAUGGAAAGAUUUGGCAGCAACAUGACAAACGUACACAAUUUUAGGAUCAAGGCAUGGUCAUCCAUUCAGUAUUAUAGAGAUGUUGUGCUCCCAAAGUUACUUGAAGAAAAGGUUAUACGAAUUUCACCUUUUGCGAAUAGAUUGUCAUUUGAUGCUCCUCCAGUUGUCCAGCGCCUCAGGUGCUUAGCAAAUUAUAAGGCUUUACGGUUUUCAACACCUAUAUUGACCAUAGGUGAAUCUUUGGUUGAAAGAAUGAGAGCGCAUAGUGCCAUUAAUGGUGGUAAAUAUGUUUCUGUACAUCUUCGUUUUGAAGAGGAUAUGGUUGCUUUCUCCUGUUGUGUUUUCGAUGGUGGGAAACAGGAGACACAAGAUAUGAUUGCUGCAAGAGAAAGAGGUUGGAAAGGGAAAUUUACAAAACCUGGGCGAGUCAUACGUCCUGGAGCAAUCAGGUUAAACGGAAAGUGUCCCCUCACCCCACUAGAGGUUGGCCUGAUGCUGAGGGGAAUGGGUUUCACAAAGAACACAUCUAUCUUUUUGGCAUCUGGACUAAUAUAUAAUGCUGAGAAAACAAUGGCUCCACUACUACAAAUGUUUCCUAAUUUGCAUACCAAGGAGACUCUAGCUUCUGAAGAGGAACUUGCUUCGUUUAAGAAUUAUUCUUCCAGGAUGGCUGCUAUCGAUUACACUGUUUGUCUUCACAGUGAGGUGUUUGUCACAACUCAGGGUGGUAACUUUCCCCAUUUUCUGCUGGGCCACAGAAGAUACUUGUAUGGUGGACACUCUAAAACAAUUAAGCCUGAUAAGCGGAAGUUAGCAUUGCUGUUUGAUAAUCCCAAUAUAGGAUGGAGAAGUUUCAAACGUCAACUGCUGACCAUGAGGUCGCACAGUGAUUCCAAGGGAAUUGAGCUCAAAAGACCAAAUGACUCUAUAUACAGCUUUCCAUGCCCAGAUUGUAUGUGCCGUGCCAGUAGAGCUGCCAAUAGAACCGACGAUUCAAAAUCUUCAUCAGCAGCUUGAUCUACUCAGAGUUUGAUGGGUGUUUCUGUUACCUAUGAUUUUGUGAGCAUGCCUUGCCGCUGACCGCAUUUCUGAUACCAUGAUUGUUUCAUUUUCUCUCCUCUCCCUCCCCGUCUGGUGAGAAGGCAUAUACACAUCAUUUUUGGAGAUCAAAGGAUUUUGUUGAACGUCUCAUUGUUCUGAUUAUAUAUUUGGAUUAAUUAAAUUUCAAGGGAGUGACUUGUUUUUAUGCAAAUGAUGCCAAUUCACUUCAGAACAGAAUGGAAAAUGUUCCUUUGCAGGAAUCUCUCCCAGAACAUUGAGUGAGCUAUGUUUCGCACAUGAAUUAGCAGCUGCAGUAUCGAACGAGCUGUUUAAAGAGUCAAAGGACAAGCUCAAGUUCCUUCACAACCUGCCUGUACAUUAUGUGAAGUAUGAUACUAAUCAUGUGUUAAGGCUGUAUCAUUUUUUAUUUUUUGAUAUAUUAAGGCUGUAGCAUUCAAUAGCUGUACAUGUACAAAAUUCAGGGUCCAUAUGGUUUUCUUUGAUCUAUUUUAGGUUAGUUUCUUUUUCCUUUGUUCCUGUUAUCAGUUUUGUAUUUUGUUUGCCCUCAGGGUCUAGUUGUUAGUUAUAUGACUGUAUCUUAGCACAUUUGUUAUUCUUUUACAUUGGCGCUCCAUCGUUUCCACGAUGAUACCAAUGUAUGUAACUAUUUCACCAUUCAUAACAAGCAAUUCCAAAAGUUUGCGUA